UAAACAACAACUCCUUGUUAUCUGUUAAUUAAUUAAUUAGAUCCUUUAGCCCUGCAGAGGCACUUAGCCUCGUUGCUGAUGCUGUAAAAGGAUGUAAUUCUCUCUCUCUCUCGGUUUCCUACAUCCUAAUGGAGAGAUCCUGUAGAACUCAUAACGCCUGUGUCAGCGAAAACAAAGCAUUAGGCUGGACAGCGCAGGCGAUCUGGCGCCGUCUAGCGGAUGGAGUGGACAUGCCUUUCACGGCUUUGUAAGCGGCUCGCUGGUGUCCAGUACCCGGGAGCCAGUGCGGCUGAGGCUGACCGGCAGUGUGAAGUCCAGCAUGUGAGGGAGCAAUCUGUCAGCUGGAGCGUCGUUUCCUCGGAGUCUGUAACUCAGCAACAAAAUGCUGAGACUGAAAAGAAAAAGUUCCUGGACGAAUUAGCCUCAUGGUUUGGGAUUCAGGCUGAAAGGGAAGAAUAUUCAAACGAAAGAUUACACGUCAUGUUUGCGAGGCAGGUUCAGUAGCCUGCUUCUCUCUAAUGGUGCAGUGUCUCAGUGCCCCCUGGGUAGGAGAUGCCUGUGUCCUGCAAUGCCACAUCUGCUGGACUCUCUGUUGCUACGUCUGGCCCUGCCUUGCCUGCUGCUCCAAGUGUUGGGUCUGUACUGGGUGUCCGGCCUAGGGUCUGGGUUUCGGCAGCUGAUGGCUGGAUGUCCGGAAAACUGCUAUUGCUCAGAGAGUUGGGAUAGUGGCCUGGCGGUGCGCUGCAGCAACAUGAACCUGCUGGCUGUUCCACGCAACCUACCCAAUCAGACACGGCAUCUCUACCUAGACUACAACUUGUUGGUCAGUGUGCCUGCAGACUCCUUUCUUAAGCUCCCUCUACUGGCUGAGUUGGACCUGUCCCACAACAGGCUGGUCCAGCUGGAGCCCGGAGCCUUCCGCGGCCUGGCUGACUCAUUGACCAGCCUGGACCUUUCCUCCAACCUGCUGGAGACGCUGGACCCAGAGGCUCUAGGUGAGCUGCGGGCACAGGCCAACCUCACCCGCAAUCCUUGGAUGUGUGACUGCCGCCUGCAGGUGGCCAUGCCUCAGCUGCAGCUGGAGCCCUCCUCCCUGGCUGGAGUGGUUUGUAACAGCUCAGAGCCAGAGGACGUGGGGGCCCGCGGUGUGCCCUUUGUACUGGUAGCUGCCGAUCUGGACCUUUGUGCUGCCCUCAAGAGGACCACUGACGUGGCCAUGCUGGUGACCAUGUUUGGCUGGUUCACCAUGGUCAUCUCUUACCUGGUUUACUAUGUGAGGCACAACCGAGAGGAUGCUCGGCGCCAUCUGGAGUAUCUUAAGUCACUGCCCAACAAGCAGGGCAGGACAGAGGAGACAUCUACCCUCAGCACCAUGGUGUGAUGAAGAUAUUUCCUGCUUUAUAUCUUCUACUGGUCUAUCAUACUGUAAAAAACAGAACCUUGUAGACACACACAAUCACAUGCAUUAUUUUGUUAUAUGGUAUUUAAAAUUUUUCUCCUAACUUUUUUCUUAUUUACCUUUUUUCCAGUAAAUGUAUUGAUAAUCAUUGAAAGGCUAUGCAUGGUUUGUUACUGCUCAGGUUGAAGUCUUUGACCAUUUUUAUUUGAUUAACUUUCAGAGAUAAUUGGUAGAUUACUCGAUUGCUAAUGCCAUUGAUAGUGACAGCCAUAUUUAAAAUGUGACUUUUUAACUGAACUGAAUGGAGUAAUAUUGUCUAGUCUUCAGUGUAUGCCAUUUUGUUGCAUUGUAAAAAUCUGUAACACCAUCAUAUGGUAAUAGUGGUCCAGUUGAUCUGCACAGUGUUAUCUAAAGUGGACACACUGUGAUUUAUUGAUUUUGUUUUGUGGUAGAAUAUAUUGUAUGCAGUGUCUGGUGUGAUCUACACAUUGUCUCGUUUCUUUAUUGUACUGUGUAGAACACUGACUGUGUUGUCCCCGUGCUGUCUAUCUGCCUGUCUUCAGUUGGGUUAGCUGGGGGUGGUUGCCAUAAAGUCACAAAGGAAGGGGAGGCAGCUGGGAAUUACAUAAAACUGUCAUUCCUUUCUGUGAAUUCAACAUUUUACAAGUUAUGAACAUUGACACUUACAGUGCAAGUCAACUAAAAGCCAGUAUGACAAAAUGUCUGAGAAAAUGCAUGUAAAGUCUUGCCAUCAAACAUACAGGCCUGGUAUAUAUGUUACUCUCUGACCUGUUAAUUAUAGUUUUUUAAAACUAUUGCCACCUUAAGCAUGAUUCUGCAAUUUUAAGCACAUAAAUGCUAGUCAUGAACUAUAAUCUAUGUACAAUAGCCUAUGAUGCAGAACAUAAGAUUUUCAGUAGACAAUCACAAUAUGCCAGUGUAAUUCAAUGUGUAAAUCAAUGUGAUUGUUCAAUAAUACAUGUAAUGCCUGACAUGAUAAAUAGAUUAUGCUAUAGUAUUUGUCCUCCUGUGUUCUUUUCCUGCUGACAUUAGACUUCAAAGUUGGUUGGAUAUUUAUAUUUGAAGACUUGUAGAGGUCACAACACAUCUUUCAGAGUCAUUCCAUGAGAGUCACAUCUUACCUCAGCAGAUAGCUUCCAUUAACACGACACAGAUGCCACACAGACAACAUCUAUUUAUCCCCCUCUUGAUCAUAAUGCAGGGUAGGCCUUUUUGGCCAAAGGCUAAUGUACAGGAGUUUCCCCUCAUUGUAAAUGUAAUCAGCCAAGACACCCAGCUCAAAAAUAGAAACACUAAAUGUUUCUGGUGGUUUUCUGUGGUUUAGUAAUGUUUUUUUGGCUUUUCUUCGUGGGUUGAUAUCAUAUAGUAAAGAAUCCUAAUGUUUCAACAGGUGACCUGUGACUCACACAAAGAUGAAUUGAUGUUCCAUUUCUGAUUGGAUCUAAACAUGUACUGCAGGAAAGCUGUGGUCUCUGUUAAGCCUGUUCUCAUUAGGAAGCAAAAUCAUCCAGUUUGUCAUAAUGAUUGUAACGCUUUUCAACAGGGAUGUUUCAUAUCUGACCUUUGCUUUCUUAGCUUUGCUCUGAGAUUAGUUAGUAGCAGGGUGACAUUCAGUUUUUGAAAAUGCCAGUCAUUGGAUAAAGGUAUGGUCAAGAUUCAGGCUCAACAGAUUUCAGCUUUUUUACGAGGCUAUACUAUAUACCUUUGUCUAUAUUUUCAGAUAAUGAUUUGUCAUACAGUGUCAAAAACCAAAUGUGCAAUUUUAUUUUAGAUUCACUUUACAACUUGACGUGAUUUGAGGCAAGAGUGUAACUUACAGGUAACACUUUACAUUAAGGGUACAUGACCUGUCAGUAAUUAAGGCAUUUACUAAUUAAUAACUAAUCAGAAAGUAAUGAGUCAUUAAUCAGGAACAAAUGAAUAAGUCGUAGAUUAACAACCACAAACUAAAUUAAUAACACAUGUACUAUUGAAUGAAGAUGAAGAUAAUUCAGUGCUUUAAUUCAUGUGUUAAUGUUGAUGUCAGAUCCCCCUCAGACACACUGCUCUGGAAUAUUAUGCCUAUCAAAGUCAACUGUGUUUUUUCUGCAGAUCCAUCCUCUCAUCAUCUUGUCCUUCUGCUUCAUCAUGCUGUGUAAGCAGCCCUUGUAUUUGCCUGUUUCUAUUGGUCUAUCGGGAGUUUAUUGUUUUUGAUUUCUUUUGAACACCUAGUGA